UGUGUUUGCAGUUUUGGUUUUGUAUGUUUUAAAAAGAGCAGAUCGAGAGAUCUUAAGUCCAUUUGGGAGCAAAGCAAGGAUUACCAUGUCAAGACCUCUUCUCUUUUUGAUAUUAGCCAGUGCUUUAACUUAUGCAGCUGGAGAUUAUAGUAUCAGACUGGUCAAUGGUAAUAAUGACUGCUCUGGAAGAGUUGAGAUGCUUUAUAAUGGCCAAUGGGGGACAGUGUGUGAUGACGACUGGGACAUGAAUGAUGCCGCUGUGGUGUGCAGACAGUUGGGAUGUGGAACAGCUGUUAGUGCACAAACCGAUGCUCAUUUUGGUCAGGGAAGUGGUCCGAUCUUGUUGGAUGAUGUGACAUGUUCAGGAAGUGAAUCAUCACUCACACAGUGCUCACAUCCUUCUUUUGGAAUUCAUGACUGUAGUCAUUCUGAAGAUGCAGGAGUUGUCUGCUUACAGGACCAACUACCAGCCAUAAGAUUGAUCAGGGGGACUGACUCAUGCUGUGGAAGAGUGGAGAUCCGUUAUAAUGGCCAGUGGGGAACCGUGUGUGAUGAUGAAUGGGACAUGAAUGAUGCUGCUGUGGUGUGCAGACAGUUACAGUGUGGAUCAGCCAUCAGUGCACCUCAUAGUGCUGCCUUUGGUCAAGGCAGUGGACGAAUCUGGCUGGAUGAGGUUAAAUGCACAGGAAGUGAAGGAGCCAUCAUACAAUGUCCACACAAUGGACUAGGAAGUCAUGACUGUAAUCAUGGGGAAGAUGCUGGGGUUGUUUGUUCAGGAAACCUGCAGAUGCCGACCCUUUCUUUGACCUCCAGACAUUCAGCUGUUUCUCCUGGAGAAAAUAUCCAGUUCAGAUGCACAACACCUAAACCAAGAUGCAAUGCUAAUGCUAAAUUCCAGAUCUUCAGAAAUGGACCAUCUAUAUUCUCCCAGGAACAUGAAUCUAGUGUGACUUUCAACCUUAAUGUGGAUGUCUCACAUCAGGGCAACUACAGCUGUCAAUACUCCUACCAGAGCAACAAUAUCACGUCACCUUCGAGCAGAACUGUUACCAUCACUGUGGUGAACUUGCAGCAGCCCAGCAUUUCUCACAGUGCUCCUGAUGCAUGGUUCGACAAGGAUCUUCAGGGGCCAGUGAUCACCAGGGGCCACAGUUUCACUAUCAUCUGUUCCACUGCAUCCCAGUUUCCUGGAGGCUCUUUUCACUUGUUCAGAGGGUCAAGCAUCACCAGGACUGAGUCAGCUGUCAAUCAUUCUGCCUCCUUUUUCUUUCCUGAGGCAGAAUAUUCAAAUGAGGGAAACUACAGUUGUGUUUAUGAAGUCAGUGUCUCCUCACGCACCUUCAAUUCAUCUGCCUCUGAACUGCUGCUCAUCAUUAUCACAGCCUCCCUGCUUCCUGUCAUUGGUGCUGCAGUGUCAGGUGUACUGCUCUUGUUGUCUCUCCUCAUAAUCAUCCUCCUGCUGAAGAGAAGACAAAAGCAAAGCAAUAAGGAAACUCUAUUUAAGUUUUCCUUCAAAAACGCUGCAGCUAAUACAUAUGCAGGUACAUCCCAUGACAAGAAAAAUGAAGAGGAUGAUGACUCUGAUUAUGAAAAUGUAGAAUUUAAUAAUAAAAACAUGCAUCAUGAUGACUCUGAAGAGGACUAUGUCAGUGUGGACGCGGAUGACUCUGAAGAGGACUACGUCAAUGCAAACUUUACGGAGGUUAAAAGUGUGGAAAACAAAUCUGAUGAUAACAUUUAUGAAAUCUAUGGUGAUGAAUACUGAGUAAAACAUUAAAAUUUGGCUCUAAAAAGAAAUAUGGAAACCCUGAUGUCAAUGAAGAAAAUCCAGUUGAUUGUGACUGAUUUAUCUUUGUUAGGCCUAAUGAGGAUUGCUUUGAGAAAAUAAAGUGAUAUUAUGUGUAUUAUACAUUUGUGUAAUAUAAAUGUUGUGUAAUACUUUCAAAAGUAGAAUAAUCAAUUGUUCUUCCAGGUUAAUUUGUUUGUUGCUAGUUUUUAAACUGUGAGCCGAACCCCCAGAGGGCUAUGGAGGGGGACCCUAAACAAUGAUUAAAAAUUAUCUUGAGCAUUCUAUAAAAUAAAAUUAAUAAAGUUGCAAAGUC